UUAGCCAAUUGAGUGUGUGUCGUUGAGAUUAGAAGUCGAGAUGGCUGGUAAGAGAAAGAGGAAGCGUCCAGGAAACGCAGCCGAAAUUCCCGACAAACGUCAAAAGAUAUCCAAUUCCAAAUCGAAUACGAGCUUGGCCACUCCUAAGGAUUCGGUUAUUAAGCAGGCCUUGCUUACUCGGUUUUACUCGCGCGUGUUUACUCUUCGUGAGUACUUGCUCGAGAGAUUACCAAGUUCUUCUAAGAUCAGAAGAAAGAAGGUAUUGCAUAUUGGUAGCAGUAGGAUUCCAAAUGAGGAAGGUGAUCAGGAAUUAUCUCUUUUCCUUGAUCGGACUUUGGUUGGUGUUCUGUGUCAAAAUGAUGACGCGAAAGAAGAUAGACGGCAGCAAUGGGCAAGUUUGUCCCAAAUAGCUGACGAGUCUGUGUCUACACUGAUAGACUUGAGGGCCGUGGGAUGGUUUUCACAAUCGGAGGUGAGCUUACUUUAUUAUAGAUCGUUUAGCCAGUAUCUCUUUUGCCCAUGUCUGGACUCCGCUAAUUCUAAAUCCCCAGAUUGUUAACAAAUCAAUAUGGAUGCUCAUGAACUCAAAGAACCAGCAGCAAGUCUAUGGACGCGCCCAGCAUCUACUAUGCCACGGAUUCCAGAAAGGUGUGAGUACAAGAAUGAUCAACCAAGGUGAAAGCCACAUUUCAGAUAUUCCUGGUGUAAUUUCGGCACAUCCAAAUAGUCAUGUCACUGCUAUUAAGACAAAUCCAUGGCCUCAAGUUCUGCUUCUGUUAGGAAGGGAAGGAGAUAAUGUCAUGGCUGAUCUAAUCAUGGAUUGUGGUAUAUUUGUUGAGGCUGAAGCAGGUCGUGGUGUUUAUCAUCAACUUAGUGGUUAGUUUCAACCCUUGACAUUUGGGACGAAUCUUAACUUACCUUGAAAAAGGCAUGCCUCUCAGUGAAUUACCUAUUUUGCCGAAGAAUCGAGAGGGCGAGUCCAAAGUUCAGUUUCCGAUGGCGAAAAAUGACGAAACAAGCAGCGAUGCAGUCAAAACCACGAUCCAUAGUCCUUCGAGCAUUGUCUUCGUUCGUCAUCGAAUGCUCUAUGCUCGUGCUGAAUUCAAUGCACAGGGAGGAGUUAUAUUUGGACUUAGGCAUAUUCGUAAGUUAUCCUACGAAAUUUUACAUUCAAUUAACUAACUGGAUAGACGUCUUGAAUCGUUACACUCUUGAGCCAGGAAAGAUUCGACUAGAAAAUGAUUCCUCGGCCUCACAAGGGAAGCCACCUUUGGAUCCUAGCACAAUUCGCAUCAUGAUGUACCUCUUUCCUCGACAAUUCGGACUUCAUAAUGUGUUUGCUAGCGAAGUUGAUUCUCGGCAAACUGCUCAGCCUUACAAAGACUACACUCUCCGAGAAGAUGAGAUCAGUGAAAAGUAUCCAGGAGUGAAACCCAAAAUACCAAAGAGACUACGGGGAAAGGCCGUUGAAUUGGUUCGAAAAUUACAAGUGCAACACAAGCGUUGCGCUUACAAGAAGUUACUUGAGCAUUACUGUCCUGUAUGUAUCAAUCUAAUUAUGAUAAGUAUGCGAGCUAACUUUACAGAUCAACGCUACCGCUUCGGUUUUCCCGAUACCUCCAACGCAGCCACCAAAAGGCAAAGAUGCCUCGGCAGUUCUCAAGACACAGAACACAACAAUUACAAGAAGUGAGCCCGCAAGUACGAUAGAGACGGAAGAUGAGCCCCGACAGAAACAGCCUUCUAUGAUGGAUUAUGCAACUCCGACUCCUAUGGUAUCUGCUUUUUGCCGCUCUGUAUUGUCAAAUAUUAUACCAAAGGGAUUCUGGGGAAUAGGAGAAACGCAAAUCAACAAUGAGAAGAGGUUUUUGCUGAACGUCGAUCGCUUCAUUGAGAUGCGGAGAAGGGAAAGUUUCUCUCUUCAUGAAGCUACUCAGGGUUUGCAGGUAAGCCAAGUUACGAGAUCUUGAUUUUUUGUCGGGACUCAAGUAGUCACAGCAUACAUGCGUGAAAGACUGCUAAUCCAAAACUAGAUCUCCAAUAUCCCAUGGCUCCAACUCCCAAACUGCACCGAUCGAAAAUGCUCUCAGUCCGACACCCAAAAACGUCUAGAAAUAUUUCAAGAAUUUCUUUACUACACCAUCGACUCCCUCCUCAUUCCUCUUCUUCGGGCCAACUUCUACAUCACCGAAUCUGCGCCCAACAUCCAUAAAAACAGGCUCUUCUACUUCCGCCAUGAUAUCUGGAAGACCCUCAGCGAACCUUCUCUCACAUCGCUUAAGUCUACCAUGUUCGAAGAAAUCCAACUGAAUCGUGCAACCCAGAUCCUGGGACAGCGAAAACUGGGAUAUAGUUGUGUGAGGUUGCUGCCGAAGGAAAGUGGUGUGAGGCCUAUUAUGAAUCUGAAAAGGCGACAGGCCAAGAAGGGAGAGAAAUAUCUGAGAGCUAGUAUUAAUAGUCUUUUAAAGCCGGUUUAUCAGGCUUUUUGGUGGGAGAGGGUUUGUCUUUCCCCGUCCUUAUCCAUCCCUAUACAAGAAUACCAUUACUAACUUUCAUAGCAAAACAAACCAUCCCUCCUCGGCUCAACAAUGUUUUCCACCGGAGAUCUAUACACCCGUCUAAAGACCUUCAAAUCCACCCUCCCUCUCAAUACCCCGCUUUACUUCGUCAAAGUCGACGUCCAAGCCGCGUUCGAUACUAUCCCUCAAUCCGCCAUCUUAUCCCUAAUGUCCAAAAUCCCAACCGAGUCCUCGUAUCGUCUCGCCAAACACGUCGAGAUCAAACCACCGGACCCAGACUUAGGACAAACCAAACCUAUGAAAGUAUGGAAGACCACUGCCCAUGCUCCACGUGAUCAAACCUCCUUAAUUGAGGAUAUGGACAAGGGUGAGUAUGGGAUGGGACGGAAGAAUAUGGUGUUUGUGGAAAACAUCGUGAGUCAGAAGUGGGAGACUAGGUCUUUGGUCAAGUUGUUGAAAGAUCAUGUGCAAGUGAAUAUGGUGCGAAUCGGGAAGCGGUAUUAUCGCCAAAAAGAAGGGAUUCCUCAAGGAAGUGUCCUCAGUUCUCUACUGUGCAAUUACUUCUACGCUGAUUUGGAGGCCAAACAUCUUUCUUUCUUGAACGAGGGCCAAGGAGAAAGUUUCCUGGCGAGGAUGAUUGAUGACUUUUUGCUCGUUACGACAUCUAGAGAGAAGGCGAAGAGAUUCUUGGAUGUGAUGCAUGGUGGUGAUGGUUUGGCCUCGAAGACAAACCCGUCUGCUAGACAGGAGGUUGUGCGGGAAGGCGGUAUGAGUACAGUAGAAAAGGAGUACGGGGUCAAAUGUCACCCCGGGAAAAGUCUCGUCAAUUUCGAGGUUGUGAGUCAGGGUGUCAAGCUUAAACGGGUGGUGAAUGAGAAGGGAUUCCCGUAUUGUGGGAGUGUGAUUGAUAUGAAGACCCUAAAUGUUUCUAGGGAUAAAGAGAGGAGGAGGGAUAUGGGUGAGUUUUCUUUUCUUCUCUUUGCUUUAUUUCCUUUUCCAUGGUUUGGGUUGGUGGGAUUGUUUGGUUCGUUUGAGGAAAGGAGCAGAUUUGGGUUUCUUUCAACCACAUACAUUCUUUUAGCAAAAGAAAUACAUCAGGGAAAUACUGAUGGAGAAGAUCCUGAUGUAUACGGUUUGGCGGAUGUUCUGAUAUGCUGCAUCUAAAGCGUUCUUAGCAGAUUUUAUCGCGCGCAUGUAUAUGGGAUCAUGGUUGCACAGCUAACGCCCCAACCAGCACUCGCCGACUCACUAACCGUCGAAUUCUCGAAAAUGCCAGGGAAAUCAUUUCACCGGAAAGUCCUAAGUAAGUCCACUUCUCAUAUCCCAUCUCUUUUCCAUUUCGUGUCUUCAAUUGUGGCCCCUUCCAUGGUUUUGUCGGGUUGCAGAAAUCUACAGGGUCCUUGGUGAGGUCCCGGGGAUUCGCAAAGUGAAGAUGUGGAUUUGAGGAUAAACACAUAUGAAGCUGUCACAUACGACCAUAGACUGAGGAGAAUUGGGCAUCCCGUCCGCUCUGCCAUACACAAGCCUCAGAUCGGCAGAUUAGUAGUUGGGUGGGUGACCACCAGCGAAUACCUGCUGUUGUAUGUUUCUUGUCUUUUUUUGUUCCAAGUUCUUUUCUCUCAUCACCUGUGCAUCUUGCGUGUUUGGAUGCAUUUAUCAGAUUAUAUGUAUUUGUUUCCAUUCCGGGUUGUGUCGUGAUGGGGUGGGGCUAAUCGAUGAUCUCCACAGCAUCCUUCAAAAUCCAAUCCAACGCCAUGUACCUAGAUACCACAUUCAACUCCCUCCCCACCGUCCUUUCCAACGUCCACGCAGCGUUUACGGAGACCGCGGCGAAGAUGUGGACUUAUGCGAAGUGUUUGCCAGUUGGGAAACAACCUGGCCUAAGGUUACUGAUUAGUGAGUCGUCGUCUCUUUUCCUCUGUUUCCUAGCCCCUAGUCUAUAGCGGGGUGCGUUUUGUGGGUGUCAGUGGGGUUUGUGAUGGGGUGUAUGUGCAUGCUGGAGAGUUCGACUCAGUGGAGACAUGAGAUGGGAGCUUACGAGAAAUGACAACAGAAUCUAUCUCAGACACUAUUGAGUUAGCAUUCAUACUCAUGAAAAGCAAAGAGAGGAACAAAAAGAACUCGGGGUUUCGAUGCGUGGUUAGGAAGGUGUGGGUUGAAUGGUACGCCCCUCUUUCUCGUGCUACCCCCAUCUUCAAUCCCCCUUUCCCUGACUGCAAACCAUGCAUCUCGUCCACUUCCUUGUUGGUGUUGGGGGAUGGAGAGAGAAUAUGUGCAAAAUAGAAGAGACGGUACUAACCGCAUCCAGGCUCGCAAUGCACGCCUUCCGCGGUGUUCUGAGGAAGAAGCAAGCGAGGUACGGGAAGAUACUUGGAUGGAUUGAUGAGAGAACUAGGGAUCUGGAACGGAGAGAGGGAAAGAGUUGUGGGUUUUUGAGGGGGGUGGUGGGGAGGUUUGGGGUGUGAGUUGGGAUUGUUUGUACAGUACUGUACAGUACUCGUAUGAUGUAUGAUGGAAUGUAAGAGUUACGAUGAGUUCCUACUCUCCUAUCGUGGGAUCUGGGACACGAAGACUUUUGAAUGGAGUUGUGGGGAAUGUGAAAUUCAAGAUGAAUUGCCUGGUUUUUUCUUGGAGAGGAUGGUGGUGGCUUGGAUGGCUAUACGGAAGAACCCAACCCGUCCUGGAAAACAAGGGUGCGAUGAUUUUCUUUAUCUGAGAAUUCCUGAAGAUUUUUUUUCGAUGGAGGAAGGCUAGCUCCUAGGUCUUGAAUAGGCGUUGGAGAUUAUUAUCAUCCCCGGCAUUCGGGGUUGGGCUUGUGGUUGUUUGGUCGUUUUCUUUGUGAGGAUGGCUUCAAUUGGGCGGGAGCCGAAUCGGGUAGUUUUGCACGUUAUUGUUGGUUUGGUUAGGAAAGCUGGGGAAGUUAGACACUGGUGCCUUUAGAAGUUUUGAUAAGAUGGAGAUGGGAGGAGGUAGAGGGGUGUCUGUAGCUAGAUGAAUAGUAGAAAGAGAUAGCGUAAGAAAUAAGUAGAGUAGAGUAGAGCAGGU